AAUCCUGACCCUCGGCGAACAGUUUGACUUGGAAACUCUUGUGCUUUCGAACCCUCUUCUUCAUAACACUUUAAUCUUUAAGGCGCGCAAGCGCAAGUGAACGACGAAUUUACUUUAUUGAUAGUUCUUAUUUGCAGCGAUCAGUCGCCAUCCGGUUUGCGUAGAGAUUUCAUACAAGAUCGACGAAAGAAUGCUGCGCAACGAACAUUACAAAGAUGACAUGAUUUAUAUCACACACUUGACGCGAAACGUUCUGAGCCUACUCGGGGUCUGGCCAUCGUAUAACAGAAGAAGCUCUACCGGGGAAAGAAUCUGGAAGUACUUCUUGAUCUCAAUCUCUUAUACCCUUCUUUACUGCGUCCUGAUUCCCGGUGGCCUCUUCUGGUUGAUUGAAAAGAGAACACGCAUCAGAGUCCAAACGAUCCCCCUGAUAUUCUACGGCUUCAUGGCCAGUGGUAAAUACAGCAACCUGGUGUUCCGUGAGAAAAAUAUCACACGCUGCUUGAAACAUAUCGAGGAGGACUGGAGGAUCAUUAACAGCGCGGAGGCGCGGAACACGAUGAUCGAAUCUGCCAAGAUCGGUAGACGACUCGUAACACUUUGCGCGGUUUUCAUGUACGGCAGCGGGCUCUCCUUUCGAUCCAUCCUGCCGUUCGCCAAAGGAAAAAUCGUCACUGCGCAAAACGUCACGAUCAAACCUUUGCCUUGUCCAGCUUACUUCUUUUCCUUCGAUGUACAAGCCAGCCCCGCUUACGAGAUGGUCUUCGCCAUGCAGUUUUUAUCCGGGAUAGUUACUUAUUCGAUAACGAUAGCUUUAUGUGGCCUCGCGGCCGUCUUCGUGAUGCAUGCCUGUGGCCAGCUGAAGAUCUUGGUAGAUUUAAUGAGAAAUCUCGUCGAGGACCACUGGCAGGAAAAACAGGAAAUUGACAGGAAACUGGCAAAAAUGGUCGAGCAUCAAAUAAGAAUUCGAAGUUUUUUACAAUUGGUAGAAAAUACUCUACAACAAGCGUGUCUAAUAGAAUUGAUGGGGUGUACGAUGAUUGUUUGCCUUCUAGGGUAUUUUAUAAUAAUGGAAUGGGAGAAUAGCAAUUCGAUAGCUAUGUGCUCUUACGUUAUAACACUUACAUCCCUGAUGAUAAAUAUGUUCAUGUUUUGUUACACUGGCGAACAACUUACCGUUCAGGCAGAGAGAGUAGCCAGUACAUCUUGCGAGCUCGAGUGGUACCGUCUUCCGGACAAGAAAGCGCGUGGGAUCGUGCUGGUAAUAAUAAUGUCAAACAUGCCUACCAAGAUCACCGCCGGGAAGAUCAUGGAUCUAUCUUUCAAGACAUACGGCGAUGUCGUAAAGACAGCUCUGACAUAUUUUAAUAUGCUUCUAAAUGUAGCUGGUUGAAUGUUUCUGCUCGAUAUCUCUACCUUUUCGUCGGGACUAUGACUACAAAUGCAUCGUAAUGGAAACAUCGUAUCGUGUAUGCUCGUGAUAUAGGUGUGUCAAAUUCAGAAACAUGGUAUGAUGUGCAUAUAUAAUUGAAUAUAUUCUCGACUUAAAUAUAUUUCCUCUAUAUCAGUGUGCGUAAGAGAUUUUUGUUUCUCAGUACAGUAAAACUACACAUUUCAUAAAAUACAGUUUGAUAACUAAUUAAGUCAUGUAAUUUUUAUUUUGUCUUUUUAAAUAAACUACAUCUACAUUUUGCUACGAGAUGAUAAUGAGUAUCUGGUACUAAUUAAGAAAUUACUAAAAAUAUAAUUUCAAUUUCAUCGAUCACACAUAUACGAAACCAACGCUGCUUAAAAAGAUUAUCAUUUCUUCUGGAUCAUUAAUUUCUGGAGCGCGCUUAUAUUUCGCAAACGGAUCGAAGUAUCGCAUGAUGUGACUCAAAUUACAGUCAAUCAACUAUCAGUUAACAUUCGUUCUUUAUAACUCAGCUAUGUAUAGAAUCAGUACCACAUGUACGUGAUACAAGUAUACGAAAAAUAUAAAAAUCAGACACAAUAGAUA